UUGAACUUGGAAAAUAAUCCAUUAAGUGCGAAAAAUUUAAAUAAACUAACUAGCAAACAGUUUGAGAAAUUAGUCCAAGGAAUAAAAGUUCCAGGAACUGAUGAAAAAGGAUUUUCAAUUGUGACUUUGGAUAAUAGCUCCUUUACAGAUGGAACUAAUUUUACCUUAUUAAAAAGUUUGGAUAGUAUCAUUAAAUUCAAUAACCAAUUAGACAUGAAAAAACUGGGAGCUUUCCAAACCAAAAUCCAAGAAUUAGAAGCCAAAAAAUCUUGA